CUCCCACAGCUAUUGUGCGUAGCGCUGUUGCCCUCCUCUUCCCGCUGUUGCUGCCCUGUUGUUGGAGGAAAGCUACGUCUCCUUGGCCGCCGGGUUUAACCUUUUAAGCGCCAAACCCGACAGCCUGCAGGCUCCCAGGAACGAGUAGGCGGUCGUGGCAGUUGCCGAGUUGUGGGCGACGAGCCCCGAAGACCCUGAGGAAGACAGCUGAAGGGAGCCUGUGCGGUCGGUCGGUCUCGGGCUUGGGGUUUGGCCAGCGUGAAGCAGUGGCAUUGGCUUUAAGAAGGGGGAGGGGAGGCGCGGUCCUCCGCUCGGGGAGCCAGGGAAGGAAGCCUGGGCUGGUUGGCUUGGGAGCGCAGAGAGGCGGCCCCCCGCACUCGCGCUCUCCCCGCCUCCACCCUGGGCUGCCCGGGACUCAGCGCUGUGCUUCGGGGAGGCGAUGACCAGGGGGCGUGCUGCUCGCUAGGCUGCACCCUGCCGGCGUCAGAAGGCGUUGGUAAGCAUUCCUGGUCACCCGCAGCCACCACCGGACUACGCGCUCCUGCUACACACCAGCGGGCGCUCCCAAGAGUUCCAUUGGAACAGUCCCUCCGCUACCAUAACCAUGGGGCAUCCCCCGCUGGAGUUCAGCGACUGCUACCUCGACAGCCCCGAUUUCCGCGAGAGGCUCAAGUGUUAUGAACAGGAGCUGGAAAGGACCAAUAAAUUCAUCAAAGACGUGAUCAAGGACGGCAGCGCGCUUAUCAGCGCUAUGAGAAAUUACUCUUCUGCGGUCCAGAAGUUUUCCCAGACGCUGCAGUCGUUUCAGUUUGAUUUCAUCGGGGACACACUGACCGAUGAUGAGAUCAAUAUUGCGGAAUCAUUCAAGGAAUUUGCUGAAUUGCUCAAUGAAGUAGAAAAUGAGAGGAUGAUGAUGGUACAAAAUGCUAGUGACUUGCUGAUCAAACCCCUGGAAACUUUUCGGAAGGAACAAAUAGGUUUCACAAAGGAGAGAAAGAAGAAAUUUGAAAAGGAUGGUGAGAGGUUUUACUCAUUACUGGACCGGCACUUACACCUGUCAUCCAAAAAGAAAGAAUCUCAGUUGCUAGAGGCAGACCUCCAAGUGGAUAAGGAAAGGCACAGUUUCUUCGAGUCCUCCCUUGACUAUGUCUAUCAAAUCCAGGAAGUUCAAGAGUCCAAGAAGUUCAAUAUUGUGGAGCCAGUCUUGGCCUUUCUUCACAGCCUCUUCAUUUCCAACAGCUUGACUGUGGAGCUCACCCAGGAUUUCCUCCCGUACAAACAGCAGCUGCAGCUCAGUUUACAGAAUACAAGAAAUCAUUUCUCCAGCACCCGAGAAGAGAUGGAGGAACUUAAGAAAAGGAUGAAAGAAGCUCCUCAGACAUGCAAACUUCCGGGACAGCCAACCAUCGAAGGCUAUCUCUAUACCCAGGAGAAAUGGGCUCUGGGGAUAUCUUGGGUGAAAUACUACUGUCGGUAUGAGAAAGAGACCAGGACACUCACCAUGACACCGAUGGAACAGAAGCCAGGUGCUAAGCAGGGACCUGUGGACUUAACAUUGAAAUACUGCGUGAGAAGAAAGACAGAGUCCAUUGACAAGAGAUUCUGUUUUGAUAUAGAAACUAAUGAAAGACCAGGAACCAUUACUCUGCAGGCACCUUCAGAAGCCAACAGAAGACUAUGGAUGGAAGCCAUGGAUGGGAAAGAACCUAUCUAUCACAGCCCUAUAACAAAACAGGAAGAAAUGGAGCUGAAUGAAGUGGGGUUCAAGUUCGUUAGGAAGUGCAUCAAUUUUAUUGAGACCAAAGGGAUCAAGACAGAAGGGUUGUACCGCACAGUGGGCAGCAACAUCCAGGUUCAGAAGCUGCUCAAUGCCUUUUUUGAUCCAAAAUGCCCAGGAGAUGUCGAUUUUCAUAAUAGUGACUGGGACAUUAAGACAAUCACAAGCUCCUUAAAAUUCUACCUCAGGAACCUUUCCGAACCUGUCAUGACUUAUAAGCUUCACAAAGAGCUCGUCUCUGCUGCCAAAUCUGACAACCUGGAUUACCGUCUGGGGGCUAUUCACUCCCUAGUAUAUAAGCUACCAGAAAAGAACCGGGAGAUGCUGGAACUUCUAAUCAGACACUUGGUAAAUGUGUGUGAGCACAGCAAAGAGAAUCUUAUGACAGCUUCCAAUAUGGGGGUGAUCUUUGGGCCCACCCUGAUGAGAGCUCAAGAGGACACUGUGGCUGCUAUGAUGAACAUCAAAUUUCAGAACAUUGUGGUAGAAAUCCUGAUUGAACACUUUGGCAAGAUAUAUUUGGGUCCACCCGAGGACAGCCAAGUACCCCCAGUGCCUCCACCUCGAGUGACAGCAAGAAGGCACAAACCAAUCACAAUCUCGAAGCGUUUGCUGAGAGAGAAGACAGUGUUCUACACUUCUUCGCUCGAGGAAAUUGAAGAUGAAACCCAGCAUCAAACUCCUAAUGGUACAAUCACUAGCAACCUGGAUCCCCCCAGGCUAUCGCAGCACCUCAACCUACAUCAGAAAAGUGGGGAAACUGACCCUGGAAGAAAGUCCCCAAGUAGACCUGUUUCUGACUGUCAAUCGGAACCCUGCCCAGAGAUGGAUGUGGGGAAGUUGGUAUUUAGGUUGCAAGGAGAUGGACCAAGGACUACUCCAAAGGCCACCAAUGGACCUGUGCCAGGCCCUGGGACCACAAAGACCUCCUCUUUCCAUAUAAAGAGACCAGCUCCCAGGCCAAUGGCUCACCACAAGGAAGGAGAUACUGACUGUUUCAGCAAGGUUCGGCCCCCAGGAGAAAAGCAAACAAUCAUCCGUCCUCCAGUGAGACCUCCAGACCCUCCUUGCCGGGCCAGUGUUUCACAGAAACCAGAACCAAAGCCAGAUACCGUGGCUGGCAAUGCAGGGGAAAUCCCAUCAUCUGUGGUGGCAUCCAGGACCAGAUUCUUUGAAACAGCAUCCCGGAAAACUGGAAGCUCUCAAGGAAAACUUCCUGGAGAUGAGAGCUGAGGCCACAGGUUUGAAAGGACUUGGCCUCGAGGGACCCUUUCCAGGUUGGGGAAGGGUCUACUUCAAUCCCAUGUGAGCUAUUUGGUGCUGAAGAGCAGCUCAUUUCUGGCCUUGAACCCUCAGUGUCUGGGAAGCUAUAAAAUAAGGAGCACAUGUCUAAGACAUGUGUUUGUUUCUCCUUUGUAUUCUCUCUUCAUCUCCCCAGAAUGCCUGUUGUGAGCAGCUCCAAGGACACUGGAUGGCUGGAUUCUCUUAAGCGCCAAGCUCUACCGAAGUGAAAAUACCCACUGACCUGUGUUGAAGAGGGGAGCCCAGCUUUCCACUCUUCUCUGAACUUGUUUCCUCAAAGGUCACUGGACUCUGAAUGAUUCAGGGCUAAAGACUGAUCUUGGGGGCCUCACCCUGAUCUAAAGGCCACCGGAGUUGGGGCUGUUGUUUACCUUAUUUGGAAGGGACUAGGAAUGUUAGCUGAAUAUUGGAGAAUUGUGUCAUGUCUCUUUCUGAGGAUAUGGACACUAACUAGCACCAGAUUGGCACCCUGGUAUUAUGACAUGUUAAUGAUAUCCAGUGGGGCCAGGCCGCAUGGAUGAUUCCCAACCACAGUGUCCUUCAUAGUGCUAAGCAUGUGUUGCAUGUCAAAGCCUAGGCUGUCUGGAUUUUCCUUUUUCCUACUUCCACCCAAUAGCUUCCUUUCCAGCAAUCAACAAAUAAAACAAAGCAGAAAACGUCUUUGUAAAAACAAACAAAACAAAACGGGGAGGGUCAAAUGUUAGGAAAAAAUUGUUAAGAUUGACUUGAGUAGGAGGAAUUGUUGCUAUUGCUUCUUAUUUGCCCCCUAGCUUACAUGCUGUUUUAUUUCUUGAAGAAAAAGCAAAAUAAGCCAAAUCUUAUAAGCAAACAAAACCAAAUCUUAGCCAAGUGCCUGUGGAUUCUGGAACUCCCAUGAUGGCCCCCAAGAUGACAUGUACAAUUCCAUGGGGGUAAGGCCUUUCCUGAGCAGAUGGUUCAUAACAUUCUACUAGAUUUCAAAUGGGACUGCAACCCAAUAAAGGUUAAGAACCACAGCCCUUGAGAUAAAAGACUCUUUACAGCCCAUAAAGGGUUGGAUUAGAAGGAACUUUCAAACGCAUUUAUACUAACAACAGCUUAGUUUACAUGACGAGCAAGUUAGCGACCACAAGAGGACAAGAUCCCAGGUGUCUGAGCGCCUACAUAAGGUUCUUUUUAGUACACCACAUUUAUCGAGGAGGGGGCCUUGUAGGUGGUGGCUUUAAUGGUUCUUUUGGGAGGUAUUGGCUUUUAUCCUCUUUCUUGAGCCUCUCGUAUUUGCCAGCAAGUAGAAAAUUCGAGCUAUAAGCCGCUGGUCCUUUCAGCACUGCUGGAGUCACUGAAAGUACACUAAAGCGAAAGUGGCGCAGGGAGUAGGAAAUCUGAGGAACAGACAUUUUUGAGGCCUGUUAUUUAAGGUGUUGGUGCUUCUGUUUCUGUGCAGAUGCCCGGGCCCUGGCCUCUGAGGCUUGCGGGACUCUUACUGAGUUCUGGUCUUAGAGCUGCAUCCUCUCUGUUAAUGAGGGAAAAGCCAGUGUAUGUGUAGAACUUGGUCACUGGAGUGGGCCAAGAUCCAUGAAGGAUUAGGAAGACAGUUUGAGUCUAGUUUUCCUCAGGCAAAAUGCCGUGGUAAACACUAAAAGUCUUAGAAUGCUGUUGAGAGGCAGAGAAAGACAGUGCAAGCCCAAUAGAAGUAUCUAGAAACUUUGUACUGUGAUUGCUAUGUUAUGUGGGACAUGGAUGAAAACUCAGCUGAGAAGGAGGAGUCACCAGCUUUGGAGGCCAGGGAGCAGUUGCUGGGGUUGUUCUACUUCUGCAUCAACUCCCUUUGGAGAAUGAAAUAAAGUUUCUCCCUUUGACAACCUGCUUUAAAGAGCAACAUGGCUGUGCUGAAGCAUGCUGUGGUGAGGUGAGAUUGGCGUGGUCCCUCUCUGCUUGAUACAUAGAUGCUCACUCCAAAGAGGAGAUCAGAAGAGGCCAUAUGUGCGGGGGUAACUAUGGGAAAUUAGCAACAACCCUAGCAAGUAGGUGAGAGAACUGUUAAGUCUUGAACUGAUAGUGACAGCAGAAGUGCUAACACUUAUUAAGCACCCAGAUACUUCAAAUACCUUAGAUGUCAUCCUAAUAACAACCAUGCAAGUACUCAGCUUCUUGUACAGACUAAGAUGGUACCCAGUUGUGUUGUCACCGGCUCUAGUACACAGACGUAAUGCAUACCAGAAGUGUGAUUUCCAUCCAGACCUCUCAGAAUUUGCACCCUCUGCAAUGUGCCCUAUGUCAUUCAGAGGUAGGUAUUUAAAUGGAGGACACAUUGCUGGAGGUGAGUUGACUCUUGACUCCAAUACGCCUAACCAAUAUGGUAAGGGAGUAGACCAUGGGCUGAAAGAUAAUCCCUAGUUGGGUUGUCUUUUCACUCUGAGUUCAUCGGGUUUUUAAUAUGUUUUAAGAGAUCAUCGAGCCUCACUUGUGAAGUGAAGAAUUUGUUGCGAUCGGUAGCUGUGAAUUCGUCGCCGUAGUCACUUUCCGGAGAGAAAGGGUCCUUCCAGGUGUGGCUGUAUUUUCCCAGGACGUCCCUACCGGUCACGUGGUCAGUUUGAUCAAGAAGACUGGUGAUACAUGCACUUGGAGAGAACAGAAGUUCUCUGUGCCUUUGUGGAAUUUGAUGCCCUGGGGUCACCUCGCUACAAAGUGUUUCCGCGGUGAAAGCAAAAAUCAGGGGGGUCAUUUAAUAAAAAGAAAUUUCAUUGAAUUUGUAUAUUUCAAGUUGAAAGAGAGGUAUUAAGAAGUAUCCAGCCAGCACAGGGCAAAACGAAACAUUCAAUUUAAGAACCAAAAUAGUGUCAUGUAAGAGUGCUUUGGAAGUAAUGGGCUACAAUAGGGAAGCAUCUUCCCCUUUUCAAGACAGUGCUUUAUUCUGUAAGAACUACAGAAAGUAAAGGAAGUAGUUCGGCAACUCAUGACAUAAUUGCUUUUGAAAGAACAGAGACCAGUGAAGCUGUUAUUAAAGAAGGAGCAGACAAUUGACCUUGACACAUUAGAUGCCUACCUACAAAAGCUUUAGCGACAACAGCAACGGAAAAUCCAGAGUGAAGCAAGAUAACUUGACAAGAUAUUGCCAAUGAAGAAAAGCCUUCAUUUUCAUAUGAAAUUCCCUCUAUGAACUAUAUGUGUGAAAUCAGAGAAAACAAUGAGAUCCUUGAGCCCAUUCAUGUAAUUUUCAAUUAAGUGCAGAUUCUCUUAAAUAAAUGUCCUCCAUCUGCAGUCUCAUGAUGGAAAUAACCUUUUAGCAUAUCAGGAAUGCUGGCUUGUAAAAAAUUUCAAAGAGAACUCGGCACAAAAUGUUUUUGAACCCAAGAGUCUUAAUGUAUUCAGCUUUGCCAUUCUCUCGGGCUGCAUAGCAUCAAUAAGUGAUAGCGAGCAAGUCAGUCUUGUAGGUAAGGAAACUUGAGGCCCAGGGAGGUAAAAAUGACUUAUCCAUAAGAAGACUCUAGAAAUUGAUAAAAAUCCAAGAUCAGAAACUGCAAAUGGCUUUCUGUUUACCACAGUGCCCCAAAGUAGUAGUGAAAACAAACCUUUGGGCUAGAGAGAUGGCUCAGCGGUUAAGAGUACUGGUUGCUCUUCCUGGGGUCCUGAGUUCAGUUCCCAGCACCCAUAUGACAGCUCACAAUCAUCUGUAAGUAUGGUCACAGGGGAUCC